UCACACACACUUACACUCACACACACUUACACUCACACACACACACUUACACUCACUUACACUCACACACACUUACACUCACUUACACUCACACACACUCACACUCACUUACACUCACUUACACUCACACACACUUACACUCACACACACUCACACACACUUACACUCACACACACUUACACUCACACACACUCACACUCACUUACACUCACACACACUCACACUCACUCACACUCACACUCACUUACACUCACACACACUCACACUCACUUACACUCACACACACUUACACUCACACACACUCACACACACACUCACACUCACUUACACUCACACACACUCACACACACUUACACUUACACUCACUUACACUCACACACACUCACACACACUUACAGUCACACACACUUACACUCACACUUACACUCACACACACUCACACACACUUACACUCACUUACACUCACACACACUUACAGUCACACACACUUACACUCACACACACUUACAGUCACACACACUUACACUCACACACACUCACACACACUUACACUCACACUCACACACACUUACACUCACUUACACUCACACACACUUACACAUACUCACACUUACACUCACACACACUUACACUCACACACACUUACAGUCACACACACUUACACUCACACACACUCACACACACUUACAGUCACACACACUUACACUCACACACACUUACAGUCACACACACUUACACUCACACACACUUACAGUCACACACACUUACACUCACACACACUUACAGUCACACACACUUACACUCACACACACUCACACACACUUACACUUACACUCACUUACACUCACACACACUUACACUCACACACACUUACACUCACACACACUUACACUCACACACACUCACACACACUCACACUCACUUACACUCACACACACUUACACUCACACUCACACACACUUACACUCACACACACUUACACUCACACACACUCACACACACUUACACUCACACUCACACACACUCACACUCAUACAUGUUGUGUUUCCAUGUUUUAUGGGGACUUUCCAUAGACAUAAUGGUUUUUAUACUGUACAAACUUUAUAUUCUAUCCCCUAAACCUAACCCUACCCCUAAACCUAACCCUCACAGAAAACUUUCUGCAUUUUUACAUUUUCAAAAAACAUAAUUUAGUAUGAUUUAUAAGCUGUUUUCCUCAUGGGGACCGACAAAAUGUCCCCACAAGGUCAAAAAUUUCGGGUUUUACUAUCCUUAUGGGGACAUUUGGUCCCCACAAAGUGAUAAAUACACGCUCACACACACACUCACACACACACACACUCACACACACUUACACUCACACACACUUACACUCACACACACUUACACUCACACACACUCACACUCACUUACACUCACACACACUUACACUCACACACACUUACACAUACUCACACACACUUACACACACUUACACAACUCACACACACUUACACUCACACUCACUCACACUCACACACACUUACACUCUCUUACACUUACACUCACUUACACUCACACACACUCACACACACACACUCACACGCACUCACACUCACUUAGACUCACACACACUUACACUCACACACACUUACACUCACACACACUUACACAUACUCACACACACUUACACUCACUUACACUCACACUCACUUACACUCACACACACAUACACUCACUUACACUUACACACACACUUAAACUCACACACACUCACACACACUCACACACACUUACACUUACACUCGCUUACACUCACUUACACUCACUUACACUCACUUACACUCACACACACUCACACUCACUUACACUCACUUACACUCACUUACACUCACACACACUUACACUCACACACACUCACACACACUCACACACACUUACACUCACACACACUUACACUCGCUUACACUCACUUACACUCACUUACACUCACUUACACUCACACACACUCACACUCACUUACACUCACUCACACACACUUACACUCACACACACUUACACUCACACACACUUACACUCACACACACUUACACUCACACACACUUACACUCACACGCUCACACACACUUACACUCACUUACACUCACACACACUUACACUCACUUACACUCACACACACUUACACUCACUUACACACACACUCACACACACUCACACACACUCACACUCACACUCACUUACACUCACACACACUUACACUCACUUACACUCACACACACUUACACUCACUUACACUCACACACACUUACACUCACACACACACACACACACUUAGACACACACACACACACACACUUACACUCACACA